UAUAACUAUGACUUCGUUAUAUUUAGCUUUCACCCGCACUCUCACACCGGAGCCAUGUAUGUAUGUAUGCGCCGCCGUAGCGGUCCGUCUUUGGUCUAGACAGCCUUCCGUACAACAGAACAUCAGGCAGGUGACACAAAGCGUGCUCUCCUGAUCUCGUGCUUACAUGUCCUUCCGGACAAGACAGAAUGCAUGAGAGGAAUGUAUUGAACAUGAUCUACGGAGAGAGGAAAAAAUCCUAUUUCAAAAUAAUCUUCAAUUGUUUAACAGUAAACAAGGUGUAUAAGGAAAGUGUGCUGAAAGAUCAUCUACACCUGACCGGUCCGCCGCAUGUUACUGCUGAUCAUCUUCCUGAGAGUUCUAAUCAGGUACGCCCCCGGAAUACAGCAGUUCCUAUCGAGAUAUUGCUAUCAAAAAUAGAACAGACCAAAGCAAGAGUCUCGACUUAUUCUGCCUGUCAUUGGAUGAUCCUGUGGCCAGAUCCUGCGAGCUUCAUAAAACUUGUCCCCGACCGCUUCCUGCACCCGGCGCCGGAUUCGGUGGUGCCACAGCAAUGGCCAUGCUUGCCCUUAGAAAGCUUCGUUUCCACUGCCGCAACCAAGGUACAAAACGCUCGUCGCCGUGUAGCGGGUACAAGGCGGGCCCGCUGGCUGGAUCCAGAUACAAGGUCAUGCGAUAACCCCAGCGAUACUCGGUCUGAUGCGACCCGCAAGUCCUACCAGCCUGGCCCGCCGGACACGUCGGGUCAAUACAGCAGGGUUCGAAUCCGUACAGUAUCACUUGAUGGAGGUGGAACACACCACCAUAGGUGGGAACGGGCGGCACUCUUCUGGGCCAGUGGUGGCGUAAGAAGUCGAUGCGCUUCUCCAGCGCCGCAGCGUCGCCUGCCCUGUUCGGAUAGGCUAUCGUGCUGAAGUCUCGAGCAUUGCCUCCUACCAACGUGAAAAUUUCGGUUUGCCACAUGGUCGAAAAGACUGCGAUACGAUUGUACGUGCUGAAUCUCUCGUCGGUGGCACGCAUGUAAUCGUGUGUUGAGACAUUGAUUCUGUAGCCCUCGUUCAAGGGGAACACCUCCUCAAGCUUGUCGCGCCAUCGCGCAAUGGUCCGUGGGGCCGCCAUUUCUGCAUGAUGAACUCCUCUGGUUUCAGACAUUCAGGGAAUAUAUAUAUACAGUUGUUCGAAACUUAACGGAGAUCUGUUGUGCGAU